UCUGAUUCUGAAACGAGCGAAUGCCCGAGGAAGUGUGCAGUUCGCCGAUUCCAUCUCCAUUGCCUGCUAAAUUCUUCAUUGUAUUCCUUCUCCAUUUAUUUUGGAAAACAUAGCACGAAUCCCUGGUCCCGAGCGCCCCUCUCUCUCCAUGGAAGAACUCUGUCGAUACCGACGAUCCCUGGACAAAGGAAGUGUGAAUCGCUUUCCCUCUGCAGCCUCCCCUCGCUCUGCAGCCUUCCUGUUGACGAAGCGGAAUCCGAAGUUCCUUGGUUCUUAGUGACAUUGCCUAUCGCCAGCCUCCUGCUCGUGAUAUCACGGGUUUCUCUCUCGGCUGCGAAGGAGUCGAACCUGCCUCCUCUUCCCGGUUCCCGCCAUCGGUCUCUCUUCCUUCUCAGUUAGUGGCUUAUGCCAAGUGAGGGAGGAUAUCUGGAGGCUGAAGAUAUAGAAAAGACAUGGAGGAUCAAACAAGAUCAUAUUACUCGUGAAGUUGAUAUUUUAAGCUCAGAAUCAAUAUGAUAUAUUUUUGAACGGUUUGUUUAUAGUAGCAUUGCCACAUAGAACAUUUAUAGGCUCAAUAUUCCUUUUCCACCUUCGUCUAGAAACUUGCUGCAAUUUUCUCCUUACCUCUGUGAUCUACAGGUUCUUUUUAGACCAAGCUGCUGGUGGUCGUUGUGGCUUUGUGUGUUUGUCCACACAAUCACAUGUUCUCCGGUUCGAAGCGUUGAUCUUGGUCCCUACACUCUGAACUUUACCUCUAGCGGUCGAUACAUGGCGACUACAGGGCGUAAGUGGCAUGUGGCUAUUGUAGACAUGAAGAGAAGUAUCUGCAGCUGCAAAAACCAGCAAGAGUGUGGAAGUGGAGAUAGCCAUAUAUAUUUAUAUUUUGUUGUAAAACUUGUCUGUCUUUUCCUUCUAUAGCUUUUAUCGUUUAGGAGGAACUUUUAGUUCUUGAGCUUAGUAUGAACUCUUGAGACUACGGAGAAAUCAAUAG